AUGGAGGUCGCGGCGCAACUCUGUGAAUUCCUAAAAUCAAGUCGAAGGAUCGGAGAUAAACCACCGGCAGUUGAGCCACAGAAGAAGGAAGCCCCCAUCGGCCACGAAGGCGUAGGUGAAAACUAUGAUCAAACCACAGACCAGGGGCGGAAUCAUCAGGAUCUCGAAAUAGCUAACCUUGCCAAGGAACUGAGAGAUCUCCGGAAAAGGAUGGAGGGAGGAAGGGAUCAGCCGACAGCCCGAUCUCUUCUGUCGACCAAUCCAUUCACUUUAGAGAUACAAGAAUAUUACGCUCCUAAGAAUUUUCAAUGCCCAACAAUGACUACAUAUGAUGGAACGGAAGACCCCAACGAUCAUUUAAUUGACUUUCAAGCAAAGAUGAUGAUAUUAGGGGCAGAAGACCCAAUGUACUGUAGAGUAUUCUUUUCAACACUGAGAGGGGCGGCACAACGAUGGUUCUUGUCAUUAUCUCCGCGGACUAUCGAUUGCUUUGGAACUCUCGGAGAGCAAUUUCUGACAUACUUCGCUGGGAGCAUAAGGGCCAAAAGGCACUUCACGGCCCUAACCGCUGUGCAGCAAGGAGAGACUGAGACCCUAAAUGAAUUCUUAGGAAGAUGGAAGAAACAGAUACAAACGGUGGAAUGUCUAGAUGAUUGGACGGCUAUAACGUUGUUUAUGGAGGCUCUAAAGGCGGGUGAUCUGUUCGCUAGCCUUCGAACAGAUACCCCGGAGACGUACGCCCAAGCCAUACAAAGGGCGAACAGGUACGCCGAAACAAAAGAGGCCCUGCGACAAAAACAGAGGCGGCGGGAGAAACGUCCAAUAGAGGAGACGAGAACGCGUCCUGUGGACCGAUCACCAAAACAAAGGGAUAGGGGUGAUCACUACCACACGCCGGUAGCCCACCAGCCCCGGGCCAUUCCCACCUUGGGAGCAAGGACAGUACAUGAGGUACGCCCCCCUCGGGUGACAGAAGAUCCGCCACAACAAAACCCCGCGCCGAUAGUCAACCGACUGCCGGCAAGACAAGAAAGGUAUUGUAGGUACCAUGAAUCUCCAACCCAUAGCACGGAGGAGUGUACCACGUUGCGGAAGGAACUCGAGGGAUUGAUAGAAAAAAGAAUAGCCCUCAGACGAAACAUAGGUCGACCGCCCCAAGGGGGCCGACCGCCUGUGGGGCCGAACCAGUGGCGAAGACAAGUGGAGAUGCCCAUGCACGAGAUAGAGCCCACGGGGCACGAAGCCGAAGCUCGAAUUGAGGCCCCCAGGAUCGCAAGGGAGGCCCAAGAGGAGCAAGACGAUCGUAGCGGGAAACGCAACAAACUCGUAAUCCACAUGAUUAAUGGGGGACCAGUCGGAGGGGACAGCGCCAGGGAGAAGAAACGCUGGGCUAGACAAUUAUACAUAGGGGCAAUACAACAUAGAGCACCACCCAAAAGGGGCCGAAGAGACCCCGUUAUCUUCUCAGAUGACGAUUUACCCGAUGGUCCAAUCCCGCAUCGGGACGCUAUCUUGAUCACAAUGGACGUCAAUGGAGCUACAGUUCGAAGGGUAUUUGUAGACACGGGGCAGCAGUGUUAA